UCCGUUGGGGAGCGGGAGGGGCAGCACGCGCGGCGGGGCCGUUAAAAGCCUUGCCGCCCGCCCGCGCGCUCAGUCAGCGGGGCCGCCGCGCGGCCGCCGGGCGUCAGCGAUGCUGGAGAAUGGCUCUCUGAGGAACUGCUGCGAUUCGGGCGGGAGGGGUCACUUCGGCUCGGCGGAGCGGGAGGCGGCGGCGGGAGGCGCCCCGCGGCCCGCCUGGGUGGUGACGGCUCUCUCCAGCGUGCUGAUCUUCACCACAGUGGUGGACAUUUUGGGCAACCUGCUGGUCAUCGUGUCCGUCUUCAAGAACCGCAAGCUCAGGAACUCAGGUAAUGCAUUUGUGGUGAGCCUGGCUUUGGCUGAUUUGGUGGUGGCCUUGUAUCCAUACCCACUGGUGCUCUUAGCUAUUUUCCACAAUGGAUGGACUUUGGGUGAAAUGCACUGUAAAGUGAGCGGCUUUGUGAUGGGACUAAGUGUAAUAGGCUCUAUUUUCAACAUCACUGCAAUUGCAAUAAACCGAUAUUGCUAUAUAUGUCAUAGCUUUGCCUAUGACAAAGUGUAUAGCUGUUGGAACACAAUGCUCUAUGUCUCCUUAAUCUGGGUGUUAACAGUAAUUGCGACUGUGCCAAAUUUUUUUGUUGGCUCCUUAAAGUAUGAUCCACGCAUCUAUUCAUGCACAUUUGUUCAGACUGCGAGCUCCUACUAUACAAUUGCAGUUGUGGUAAUUCAUUUCAUCGUCCCUAUCACUGUUGUGAGCUUCUGCUACCUUCGAAUUUGGGUCUUAGUGCUUCAAGUUAGAAGACGAGUCAAGUCAGAAACAAAGCCAAGACUGAAACCAAGUGACUUCAGAAACUUUCUUACCAUGUUUGUGGUUUUUGUGAUUUUUGCCUUUUGCUGGGCACCUCUAAACUUCAUAGGACUGGCUGUAGCCAUCAAUCCUUCAGAAAUGGCACCAAAAGUUCCUGAAUGGUUAUUCAUUAUAAGCUACUUCAUGGCCUAUUUCAACAGCUGCCUUAAUGCAAUAAUAUAUGGACUUCUUAACCAGAAUUUCCGGAAUGAAUACAAACGUAUUUUAAUGUCACUGUGGAUGCCCAGGCUUUUCUUCCAGGACACAUCCAAAGGAGGAACUGAUGGACAGAAGAGCAAGCCUUCUCCUGCUUUAAACAACAAUGACCAAAUGAAAACUGAUACCUUGUAAAGGGGUGAUGGUUAAUGCAAAAGUUUGUCAUGGAGAGCUCCAAUGAUAGAGUUGCAAUGUUCUAGUCAUUAUUGGUUACUCUGGGGGACUUGCCAUUUGGAUGGCACUUUGUGACUGGAAUACUGUCUUCUUGGUAAAGCACAUUGCUCACAAUUCAUAAUUUAUACAAGAUAUCAAGAGAAAACACAUUUCAAAAUUAAAGCAGCAGAUGAGUGCAAACUAUUUUGUUUUUGAGAGUUGAAUUCUACUUCAAGGCACAUGAGGCAUGUUUUCACUCCAGUAGGAACCAUGCAUGCUUUGUCCAAGGUCAGGAUUCAGUUCUCAGGAGAUGCAGUGAAAAGAUGCAGUGAAGGUACUUGUCUAUGGGCACAGCAGCUCAUCAAGGCUGCAGAGUGAUAUUUUAUGUUCAGUGAUACAGAGCCAAAAUCUUGUCAGUGGUGCCCAGUGCCAGGACAAGAGGCAAUGGAUACACACUGGAACACAGGAGGUUCCCUCUGAACGCCAGAAGCACUUCUGUUCUGUGCAGAUGAUGGAGCACUGGCACAGGUUGCCCACAGAGGCUGUGCGGUCUGCUCCUUGGAGAUUUUCCAGAGCUGCUCGGAGAUGAUCCCAGGCACCCUGCUCUGUGUGUCCCUGCUUGAGUAGCAUUUGCAUCAGAUGGACCCAGAGGUCCUUUACCACUUCCACCAUUCUGUGAUUCUAAGAGAGGGUGAAUCAGAUACUCAGUUUUCCAUAAAUAAGACAAUUAUCAGAUUUCUGUGCAAGUACUGGUGGCAGUAGCAGUGUCUAUGAAUCAAACUUAUGAAUUGAAAAGAUUAGAGUUGGUAUGAAAGUAAAUAUUAACAUCAAAGCCUUUCCUGACCAGUUUUUUCUUACUUGCAUAUAUUGUAUUUCCCAUCUCAGUGUAUUUAGUCUUCUCUCAUCUAUCUUAUGAUAGAGAAUGUUAAAUAAUACAAAUAUUUUACUUCUUACAUAUGUACUUUAGGCAAAAUUCUUUCUUUUAGAGAAGACUGAAUUUUCAUUUUGUUCCAUUUAUUUACUUCAAAGUGUACAACUAAAGUAAUUUGAUUCACUUUAACAUUAUUGACACAUUUUCAACAGGCUGGAAAUUGUGGCAUACGUCCUGUAGUAAUCUGGAAAGGCAAUUGGACACCAGGCAUGAUAGCUCAGAUUGUCUCAAAUGACAGUAGACACCAGUGAGCGACCGAAUGAAAAAAUCCUUUUAACUGUAAUGGCAGCUGACGUACUUGCCUCACAUGUAGACAUCUAGUCUUGAAUAAAAUCCACCUUUAGUGUCUACUCUAAUGUAACCUUCAACCUUCCCUAUGUAGUUAGUAGAGAUAGGAUUCCUUUCAUCUAUUAUAAUCAUGCAUCCAAAGAUGGGAUGAAUUGUUCCACGGUGGUGCUGGUCUCAUUGACUGUGGAAGAAUUAUUUACUAGUUCAAACUAGUAAAGUUUGGGUAGCUGUAUCAGGAUUUAUCUUGCCUAAUUUGGGAUGUCUCCAGCGUAGGUGUUGGUACACAUUUAUGUUUCUAAACUCCCACUGCCGUCCAUGGAGGCCUAGAAAGUAAUUCAUUUUUUCUUGAAAUAGCCUUCCUUAUUGGUCAGAGGAACUGACUGACAGACCUCACAAUGUCUUCAUUGACUGUAACUGAGAUCAGUUAGCUCAUGCGUAAACACAUUUCAGACAAAGAUAGGUAAUCUCCAUCCCAUCAUUAGUGUACCUAAAGUUCAUAUUUACACAGUUCAUAUAAUGAAAUGAUGAUUUUGAGCUUUCUUUUCAAACUCAGCUCAAAUUUAUAUCGGAUUUUGCCUUUUUCAGGUAACAGUGACUAUACAGGUUAGGUUAUAGAGUGCAUUAUACCUCACAUCAUCACAGUCACUUACACAAUGUGAUUUGCAUUAUCUCAAAAUCAGAUGAGGGGUCUGUGUGCAAGAUUUAUCAUUAGUUCUGAAAUGCACAUUACUCUUAGGAGCACACAUGAGGGGAAAGGCAAGAGGCCAAUCAGCUUUUCUCUCCAUUUCAGGUAUUGAAACAGGAAAGGGAGGAAUUCAGCCUGCUGUCACACUCCAGUUUGUGUUUCCUGGCCUGGCUGUUGUGAAAAAUAUUUCUGUAGUAGUUAAUUUGUGCAUCAAAUAUACUGCUCCCAAAGAUGUAAAGAUAUUAAACAUAGUCAAUUUGUUACACAUAUAGAAAAACUUCAAGGAACCAUUGUAUUUUAACUGUUUUACUUGCUUGCCAAAAGUUUUAGCUGCAGCAACGUAACAAAUGUGAUGAUUCUUCUAGUUUCAUUCAUGUUAACCAGCUAAUUUCUGAUGAUUUCUGAAGUUCAGUACCCUAGGCCUCAUAAAGUAGUAGCCUGAUGAGCACUGAAAAGUCUGAACAGGGAUAUGAGAGAUGUAAAUAUUUUCUCUACAUCACAAGUCUAGGGAUUUAGUUAAUCCACUAGCAGUAGUAGUUAAACAGUUAGGACCUAUGGUUAUUUUACAGGUAAAUUCAGAAACUUCAAUGGGACAAAUUUAGCCUAGUCAUAAAAAUACCAUGGCUAAAAGAAUCAGUCACUAAGAUUAAGUACUUUGAACACAGUUUUGUAAGUCUGGCAGUUAUAAUUUUUGUAUGUACUGUUUUUGCUUAAUACCCCCAAAUUAAUGGCCUGAAGAAAGAACUAAUAUACCUGAUAUACCUAUAUAACAUAAUAAUAAUAUACCUAAUGUACAUGAAACUUGUCCCAGAGGAAAUAAGAAGUUUCAAGAGUCUUGAAAACUUGCAGGAAAGGACAUCAAGUUUUCUUCACUGACGACACGGCUUUUUCCAACUUCUCUGAGUAUUCAAAUCUGUAACCUGAAAGUCAAAAUUUGUUGUCUGACUUGCACAUAAAUUACUCUUAGAAGUGAACUGAUCACUCUUGGUUUAUCACUUGAUAAAUCAGAAAAGUCCAAAACUUUUAUCAAACUCCUAAUGUUGUUUUAGCUCAAUAAAACAAAUUUAAACAUUAUAACCAACUGCUUAACUGUAGAAGUGAGCAGCUAUCAUUCUGCAUAUUCAUGGGAAGCAAAUCCGAAGUUUUUAUGAAGUUAUUUU